UGUAAGAAUUUAAUUCGCAUAUAAACGGGACCAUCUCUCGCGCUCUCCAACGUCAGUUCAUCAACACGCGCCACAUCUUUACCCAAAUCUAUUUAAAGCCACCAGAAAAGUCAGGUUAUGUUUACAUCAACAAACAUUUAAAAAUUAACCAAAAAAAAAAAGUAAAUAAUGGAGCCGCUGAGAAUUUUUGAAAAAUUUAAAUUAGACAACUUGGACAAAUCAUGGAUAGAUUCAGUUUGGAACAACGAGUUUAUUAUCAUAAAUAAAAUACCAGGUGACUAUAUUUUAUUUGCAGAAAGCGAAGACAUGGAGAUCUUGCUAAAAGAAACUUGUAACGUCGUUAAAAACUGGAUUGACGUAAAUAAAAACGAUGAUGCUGACAGAGCAGAAGUGUCCUGGCAAACCUUGUGCGCCUUGAAUGUCGACCAACGAGCACUUUUAGCUCUCCUUGGCUACUUAAUUAAAACAGGACAGGGUAUGGAUGCUGAUGAAGACUGCCGUCAAGCUUGUCUCCAUGCUACAAGUCUUUAUCUGACACUUCUAGCCAUUCCCGGUAGCAGCGCCUACCAAAUAUUCCACGAAAAUUUAUAUUACAGCGUAAUAAAAUCACUGGAAUUAUCCCAGCACCUGAUGCCAGUGAUUAAAAAGUCUGUUAAAAAUUUAGACCUCGAGAGCUUGUAUAUAAAAUACGAAGAGCCGUCAAGUCUUCUGCAAACUGAGAAAAUAACUCUCACUAAAAGCCUCAAUGUCAUUAUGUACAACAUGAUCCUGAUGCUAAACUCCUGGCAUAUGCGCGAGUACGUCCGGUCACUUGAGCAAACUGUUUUUUCUUUAAUCGAAGUAACGAAACUCGGCACCGACGUCCAUGACUUUAAGUCACCUAAGAAAUUAUCUGAAGGCUCAUUGGCUUCUCUUGUCCACAACGCCUACGCUGCACUAGGACAACUGUGCGACGUAAGACAUGGACCAGUUGAACUGACCAUUAAACUGAUAGCCAAAAAUAUACUGCCUCAUAUGUUGUAUAAUUACACAAGUAUUCCAUUGAAGUCAUUGACUGUGGUCCGGGACACAACGAUACAUUUUUUGAAAACGCUGCUGUUGACCCAUGAAAAAAAUGCAGAGACCGGAAUCAUGAUACUGAUUCAACAUCUCAUGGUAAAUUGUCCAGAGAGACUCGAAGCGAGACAGAAGCAAGCGAGUGUCAUUGUCAAAUUAAUAAACAUUUGCCAGGACAAUCUCUACAGUAAGAUAAUAAAAGACCUGGUUUUAUUUUCGCACAACAAUAAAAUACCCUGCAGAAUUUUCGCGCAAGAAAUAAUCGGUAAAUUUUUGUUGGAACCUACUAGAGACUAUGAAGAUCGCGCUGCUCUGAUAAUUAAAUAUAAAUGUAUCUUAUUUGCUAGUGUUCUAAGUCGGUGUACAGACGUGUCGAGUAUGGUAAGAGGGAGAGCCAUGGCGACACUCGUUGAGUACACGGACACCAGUGACAAUCCAUUUGUUAUGGAGAUAUUCAGUCACUCUGAGUCUUCACGUCCGUUGCCGACACUGGAAAUUCUCAACAACGCGUUUUCCGAUGAUGUCACUGCUGAUAGUAUUUUACCAGACGCAAAUACGUUCAUUUCGAUGCUGAAAAGUCGAGCUGAAGAUGAACGCGCUCUGGUGCGCCGCAGCUCGAUGCAAAUUUUCCAAAACGCGGUUCUAAAUGUUCCCGAGUUACUAGAUGACGUCGUCCCAGUUAUCAGCAAUCACUGUCGCGACCCUGCAAUGAUCGUCCGUAAGUUUGCAAUCCAAGUCCUGACGACUUUAUUGGAGUCUUAUCCAAAUCAUCCGAGUUUAUACAAAAUUUGGGUCAAGUCAGUGGUACCUCAGAUAUUUGACAUCGAAGUCAAAGUUCAGGAGAAAGUACUCGAGACAAUGGAAGGUUUGAUCAUCGACCGGAUUGAUAAGUCGUUUAAAAAAAAUGACACAUUGCCUUGGAAAAUUUUGAAUGAGUUGACGUUUAUGAAAAUGCGGAAACAUCUCACGCGCGCUUGUGACGCCUGGAUCCACAGUGACAUCAUCACUAAUUCGACAGUAAUUAAAAUUCAGUCUUACAUUAAUACCGAGCACAAUAUUCCUGCUUGGAUAAUUUUAUCAGCGAUUGCUGAAAAUAAAACGCUACUAAAUAUGAAACAGUACUUUGAUAAUUACAAUGACAUAAUAAAAGGCAACAGUUUUUUAGAAUUUUUAUCACUUGAAGUCUUGCGUUGCUGCUGGUCGACAUUCGACGAUGAAUUUUUAUGUAAACUAUCAACCGACAUUUAUAAAUCACUCAUAGAAUUGACAGUCAAUCCCGUACUGAUCAGCAUUUCUCUCGAUAUACUCAGUGGUAUCGUAAAACAUUUGAAUUUAAAUUUCGAAUCCAAGAUGAUUGACCUAAUGCGUCAGUCAGAAAAAAUAAUUGAGCAAAUAAUUGACAGUGACAUUGAUCAUAAAACAAAUAUCGAUAAUUAUACAAAAGCCAUUUGUACACUAGGUCACGCCUCGUUAUUUAGUACAAGUAAAAUACGUUUAUCAGUACUGCGUAUUUUGCAGGGAAUGCUGAUUGAUUGGGAGACGAUGCCAUUGACAAUUAAAGACUCGCGUGAAUUGCAAGCGACGGCAAUUGUCGCAUUGGGACAGCAGGCAAUGAGAGAAGAGAAAAUAGCCCACGAAAUGAUGCCGAUAUUCGGGCAAUUACUGAGCGCCGGCGUAGACGUUUCGAUAAACAGCCAGUACAAUUCCGAUGUUGAUGCUGCUGUGCGUGUCAAUGCUGCCAAAGCACUUGCUGAUGUAUGCACACGUUUUACAGCACUUGUCGAGCCAUAUUUACCUGACAUGUGUGUCAGCAUGAAAGGCAACAAUGCAACAGUACGCGAAGCUAUUGUCGUUAUUUUUAUUCAGUUACUUGUCGAAGACUACAUCAAAGUAAAGGGGACAUUUUUCUUUCACAUCCUCACGAUGUUGUCCGACCCAGAUGAUACCAUUCGUGAAAUGACCAUUUUUCUUAUCAAAGAAAGACUGUUGGUAAAAAACAAAACGUUGAUAUCCCAACAGUUUUUAGAAAGUAUUUUUCAUUACAAUGAUUACGAAUUAGAUGACAAAUAUUUUGACAGAAGAAUGGGAGCUGUGGAAAAAAAAGCGCUGACUUUACCUGGUGAUUCAAAUUUUGCAAAACGAUUUAUUAUUUAUGAUUUCAUGCUCGACCAUCUUGAUCCGCCUGGAAAAUUAAAACUGUUGGUUAGAUUGACAACGCAGGUUCUUCAUAGGGGACUGAGUGAUAAAAUAGAUUUAAAUGAUGAAAAAGGCUGCUGUGUUUUGAAAGAUACCUUUUAUAUUCUUGCUAAUGAUAAUUUGCAAGCAUCAUCUUGUACUAGUAAACAUGCUGAUGAUGAUGCUGAUGAUAAUGGGGUAAAUAGUACUGGGACUGGGACUGGAACUGGGACGAGUAAUAAUGCAGGUCAUGUUAUUGCUGAAGGAAUUAAAAAACAUGGACUGAACCAUUUACUGCCGACAUUGAUGAAAUUGAAGAAGAAAUUGAUCAGCUGUGGGUCUAAAUUAACUGAAGAUAUUUCAAAAGCUAUUGCGCGAAUUGGUGUGGAAUUUAGUAAAGAGCAAUUGACUACUUUGUACAAUGAGUGUCCGGAAAUAGAAAAAGAAAUGGAGUUUGACAUACGAUUGAAUUUCAGGAAAUAUGGUAAGAAAGGAACGGAUGAGACUACUCAGGAUUCAAAUUCCCCGCCAGGAAUUAUUCAUCCGUUGUUGAAUAACAAUAGAAUUCCACGGGUUGUUAUUGAAAAGUUAACGACUUUGAGUUGCGAUGAUGAAGAGACGGAAAAUAUUAUUGUGGAGAAUAAAAAUUCGGAAAAUAUUGCGGCCAGUAAAAGUACGAGUGGUUUAGUUUCCGGGUCACUUUCACUUAUGGAUGAACCUGAGUCAAGUAAAGUGAGUAGUUUGACUAAACGUGAUAGUAAAUAUCGACGCAUUUGAUUUAUAUUAAAUUUUAUAAAUAUCCUUUCUGGCGUUAAAUGGAUAUAUUUUGAUUUUUUAAAUAAAAAAUCAAACCCAGACAGAUUAUUUGAAAAUUCUACUCAUUGAAAAAGAAAAACUAACAAGUAAAUUAAUCUUUCAU